AUGACGGCGCGCCAGAAACAGAGAGAUGUCGAGGCCGGCCUUCGUGACCAGACCAACCUUCUGCCCAAGCGCGAACUGAUCAUUUUGUUCUCCACGCUUGCUGCCAGCUUGUUGGUUUGCUUCAUCGAUCAAAAUGGCAUCGGCGUGCUUCUUCCCUCCAUUGCCCAGGACAUCGAUGCCGAGAACACCAUCAGCUGGGCUGGAACGUCCAACCUGAUCGCCAACACCGUCUUUCAGGUGCUCUACGGUCGUCUGUCCGACCUCUUUGGCCGCAAACUGGUCUAUGUCUCUGCUCUGGCCUUGCUGUGUAUCAGUGACCUGCUAUGCGGCUUCGCGGUAAACUCGACCAUGCUCUACGUCUUCCGUGGAUUGGCUGGUGUGGCUGGCGGCGGCAUCACAAGUUUGUCCAUGAUGAUCGUGAGUGAUGUUGUUACUCUCGAAGACCGUGGCAAGUACCAAGGUAUCCUCGGAGCCAUGGUUGGCACUGGUAAUCUCGUCGGCCCGCUCAUCGGUGCUGCCUUUGCGCAGCACGCUACCUGGCGUGCGCUGUUCUGGUUCAUCUCUCCCGUCGCCGCUACCUGCUGCGUCAUCAAUUGGUUCAUGGUCCCCGCCACCGUCCCUAGCAAGGACUUCAAAGGAAAUGUCAGCAAAAUUGACUUUUACGGUGUCUUUACUGGAUCCCUGGCCACCAUCUUGAUCCUCAUCCCCAUUUCCGGAGGCGGCUCCUACUUUGAGUGGGACUCGCCUAUGGUCAUAGCGAUGCUCACGGUUGGCGGUGUGCUUGCUGUGUCGUUCAUCCUGGUCGAAUGGAAGGUUGCCCCGCUUCCUAUGAUGCCGUUGAGCUUGUUCAAGAACCUCCCAGUCGCCGUACUGAUCAUCCAAAACUUCUUCUACGGCGUCACCUACUAUGCCUACCUUUACUAUCUCCCCAUCUACUAUCAAAAUGUUCGCAACUGGAGCCCGCUCAUCAGCGCGUGCUUGACGAUCCCUAUCGUCUUCUUCCAGUCCUUCGCCUCCAUUCUAUCCGGCCUGUACAUCUCGCAUUACAAGCGCUACGGCGAGGUCAUUUGGGCCGGCUUCAUCAUCUGGACGAUCGGCGCCUCGCUGACGACGCUCUUCUCGCGCACGAUUCACGUCGCAGCCAUCGUCAUCAUCAGCUGCCUCAACGGGAUCGGCGUCGGACUGGUCUUCCAACCAACCCUUGUAGCCAUGCAGGCGCACGCCACCAAGUCGCAGCGCGCUGUCGUCAUCUCGAACCGGAACUUCCUUCGUUCGCUCGGCGGUUCUUUUGGGCUGGCAAUCUCGGCCGCCGUGCUGCAGAACACGCUGAAGCACAACCUACCUGCGGGCCACACCGACCUUGCCCGCUCCACCUACGCCACCCCGGACUACAGCGUUUACGACGCCGCCGACAGCGACGCCAUCCACGACGCCUACGCCAAGGCCAGCCGCGCCGUCUUCAUCACCCUCGCCCCCUUCAUCGCACUCUGCCUGCUCGGCUGCUUCCUCGUCAAGGACCGCGGCCUCACCCGCCCGGACGAGGCCGGCGGCCAGCAGCAGACGUCGGCCGACUCGCAGGUGCAGUCCCAGCACGUCAAGUCGCAGGAUGCGGACAAGGAGGACGAGAAGGACUGCGCGAGCUUCAUGGCCGUGCCCGCGCCGGUGGAGGACGAGAUCGAGGAGAAGGAGAAGGAGAAGGAGAAGGACGACGACGACGACGAAGAUGCUGGAGAGAAGACGAAGAAGCAAAACGAACGCAAGCUCGAAGACAAGGAGGUGGAAAUUUGA